CCCCACCAAGCAUCACCACGCAUUUGACGCGGACGCGCGAGGAAGCAAGCACCGCCAGAGUCGGAGGGAAAAAGAAAAAAGAGCACGGACGAUUCGCAGCUGCAGCCUGCACAGGCGGAGGCGAGGAGGAAGAGAGAGCCCCCCACGAUCGGCUCGCCGGGACGGCCGAGGGUGCGGUGGUAGUGCGGGCGCGUGGCCCCGCGCGUGGAGUCGGGAUCCGUAUUGCUCUCUAGCAGCCGGCCGGUGGCGGCGCUCGGCGUCCGAGGCCAGAGCCCAGAGGGUGACUGACAGAGAGAGAAUCGUCCAUCCAUGGGAGGAUCCGGGCGCGGCGCGCAUUUCUUGGACGCGUGCUUCCUCUGCCGGAAGCCGCUCGCCGGCAACCGCGACAUCUUCAUGUACAGGGGCGACACGGCGUUCUGCAGCGACGAGUGCAGGAGCGCGCAGAUGGCGGCGGACGAGGCGGCGGCGGCGAAGGCCAAGGCCAAGGCCAAGGCCAGGGCGGUGUCACGUGGGGCCCUGCUGACCGCCAGGGAAGCGGAAGGCCCGCAGAGGCGCGGCAAGGUCCGGGCCGGCUCCGUCCUGGCCCUGUGACCCCGAGGGGGGUCUCUCACUCAGGGACAGCCUGUGUCUGCCGCGCAUGGCAUUUUUCUUUUUUUCUUUUUUCCUCUGCGUUUACGAGACGCGCCACCGGAGGGCAUCAAUUUCGUGUACACGGCCGGGUUUGCGUUUUUUUUAAGAGAAAACCUUGGGACCGUCCGGUGGUGCUGCUGGUUGCGUUGAUUGCUGGUCCAUGUAAACCGCACGUACAUGGAACAAUAAAAAUAAUAAUAAUCAAGAUGACUAGUGCAGUA